AUGGGCCAGCUGCUUGUGAGGCCUCAUGGCCCUGCUGAAGCCAGCGAUGUCGCAGAUUGUUUAGAUCAUGUGAAUCGAAUGGCGAACAAAGUGAUCAAGAACGACAUCGUCGUCACGCUGGACUGCUCUGACUUGGUGUGGCCGUCGAUCUGGUCCUGCCGUAGCUUCUUACCCGUGAUCCAAGAGCGUCUGCCCUCGCGGGAGUUGCGGGAAAGAACCCAAGCCUUUGCCAUCGUGCAACGCGAUUCCUUUUGGAUGCGUUCUGUGGUCUUCCCGCCACGUAAACGACACUGCAGAGGCAUCCGCACGGCUGGCCGCGCGUUUCAGUCCGGCAUGAGGGGAUCUCCAUCGAUCUCCAUCGAUCCAGCGUUGAUGAACUUGGGUCCCCUGAAUUCAUGGGCAGAAUUUCGCUGCAUGUGGCGACACAAAUCGGUUGUGGCCGGAUUUUGUGGUGGUGGCCUUGCCCCUGAGACUUCCACAGCUGUUCCGGAGCCGGAAGUACCGAGAGCCAGAUCUCUGACUCCGAGAGCCAGGCGGAAUGACGCAUCUCCGGGUGGGAGAGGGCAAGGUGACACCGAUCAAAGACGUGCCCCAGCGGCAUGUCCCAGAGCAUUCAAGAUGAUCAGCUUCAAGACGCCCUGUGCGUGCGAAGCUUGCGAUCCUUUCCAAGAGGUGACUGGAAGGCGGCUGCCUACUGCCUUGCCCACCUUCGGGAGGUCAGAGUCAUCCAAGACUCUUCCGACCUUUGGCAGGUCCGCCUCCGCCUCUUCCUUACAACGCAGUGGGAGUGCACGGUCGCUGUCACCGCGUCGGCCACGGGAAGAUGCAGUCGGGUGCCCCCAGGAGGUCCGGGAGCCCGUGGCCUGCGACUGGAAGAGCCUCUACAGCUUGGUAGGAAGUCUGGGGCUCCUCCAAAGCCAGGUAUUGCGCAAACUGAGAGACGAUCAGGAGGAACAACUCCUCCUACAAGGGUCCUCACAAACAACUGCAUCUUCACCACUCAGUGUGAACAGCGGUUGUGGCUAUCAAACAAAGAAAGAUGAGAAAGAGAUGCUGGAGCAAAAGGAAGCUCCAUCACCUCGAGGCGCACGGCAACGCAGUGCUCCGCGGGAGCGCAGCGCCCCAGCGUCCGCGCGGGCAAGCAGAGCGGCUGUGAAGGUGGCGCCGGAGACGAGCCCCGCGAACUCCGAAGCGAAGAAAUCGGUGAGGCCCAAAAGCGCAGCUCCAAAAAGCCGCGAGCCUGUGCCAUCCCAGGCUCCAAAGGCCAAAGCCAAGGCGAAAGGAAAGAGCAAGGCCAAGGCGAAGGCCAAGGCGAAGCCGUCCGAGGACAACGAGGAGCCCGUGGAGUCUCCCACAGCCAAGUUGGCGCACCAGAUCAUGUGGAGCCCGGAAGGUGAUGAGAUCCCACUCCAGAGUUGCCAAAAGGUGGAGGAGCUUCUCCAACAUCUCCACAGUGUGGCGAAUCCCUUGUGUCAACACUUUCGCCUCAGGUACGAUUUUCUGCUUGAGCAACACUGCCAGGAAAGGAAGGCGGGUGUAGCCCGGCGCGCACCGAAGGUGGUGAACGGCGAGGAACGCUACCUGACAACUGUGCGCCUGCGCCUGCGAAAGCAUCCGGUCAAGGGCGAUCCGCAGAAGGAAUUCAUCGGAAGAGGUGCCAUGAUGGCAGUGCUGCUGCACGAACUCGCACACCUGCGCUAUAUGAAUCAUGGACAGGAGUUCAUGCUCUUGCUGAGAGAAAUCUUCGCAGAGGCGAAAAAACGUGAGAUCUUUGACCCGGAGCUGGUGAACGAACUGCCUUCCUGUCGACCUUGGGAAAAUCUCAUCUACCAGACAGGCGGUGAUAUCGAUGUUGAGAGUUUGAUGAAGGUAUUCGAACCUGACUCCAGCAGCUGUGCCACACCAAGGAACGCAAGCCCUGUUCGAGCACGGCCAACCAAGGUCGGACAGGUCGAGGCCGAAACGGCCGAAACGGCGUCCACGAAGGCGAUGGAGAAAGGUCGUCUCCCACCACCACCGCAGUUCGGCGAGCCUCGUUCUUCGGGUGCUUCUACCGCAACACCCAGUGGAAGAGACUCGCUGAAUACGAUGCCUUCACUGCCUUCACGGUCACCUGAACCCACUGAGGUAAAGGAGGCGGAAAUUCUGGCCGAGACGGUUACGGAUUUGGACGAAAGUCCUUCAAAGGCACUGGGCUUCGGGGAUGCGGGGAUGUUUGGGGAAAAGCCGCAUGCUGCGGCCGAAGAAGACCUGAGCUAUGGUCCUUCAGUUGGAAAGGCAUGGCAUGCACAGGUGAUAUCUUUGCCAGCCUUUCAGGCACAAGUACCGCCCAGAUUGGGCCCCGCAGUUCCUGCAAAAGUUCGUCCGUUGCCACUGUACUGUCGUACAGUGGUAGGCGGAGCCAUGGAAGUGGCGCUAGCUGAACCACAGCACUUUGGGGGACGUGAACCUCCACCGCCCAGUUGGGAUGGAUCAGACCCUUCGGCACUUUUGCCGAUGUACGAGAAGAACGUGAUGCUUUGGCAGUUUGAGACAGAAUGUGAAGAGCGCAAGCGAGGGGUUCGACUGCUUCGUAGCCUUUCGGGGAUAGCCAGGUCUGUCGCCGAUAGCAUGAGUUUCGAAGAAAUUGCAUGCACAAGCGGAGUUGAGAACUUGUUGAAAACUCUGAGGUCUCAUUUUGAGCCACACUUAGAGUUGAGUUUGCCAAGGGCUUUUGAAAAGGCAGUUUAUGGAGCUCCACGCAGUAGCAAGGAAAGCAUCCAAGAAUACCUGAUCAGAGUUGAAAGGGCGUUCGUGGUGCUGGCCAAAGAAGGGUUGAAUUUGGACGAGGCGGCAAAGGGCUAUGUGGCAUAUCGACAUGCCUCACUCACAGAGGCUCAGGAUUUGCAGUUUAGCACUUGGAACAAAGGGCAGUUUGACUGGAAGACAGUCACCUCAUGCUUACGCCGACUUGAGAAGGUCGUCCCCAAGAAAUCUUCCGGAGCAUUUGUGCAGAUGGAAGGAGACGAUGAUGCAGACCCUUCGCCGCUUGCCGAGACCUUUGUCCAAGAGAAUGAGGACGCUUCUGAGGAUGACCAGUACAUCUUGGUGGAGGAGGGCGAUCUGAAUAGAAUCUAUGAAGAAGAAGAAGCUCAGUUAGCGCUUGCGACAUACCAGGAAGUGCGCAAGGCGCUGGGCGCCCAGCAAAAGGGAAGGCAGUACUAUGGCGGUGGACGCAGUGGAACUCGGGGCCCAUCUGGAAAGGGCAAAGGGCGAGGUCGACAACGCAUGGCAGCAGCAGCAGCAGCAUUGAAGUCGGCAGGAACUUCAACGGCUAGUUCAAAGGGUGGAAGCAGCGUUGCACCAAGUCAGAGCUGGUAUGUGGAGAGUGAAGACACUGAAGUGAGUAGCCCAAUAGAUGCUUCGAAUAGCGUAGAGGUUUUUGAUUUUGUAGAUUGCCCAAAAUCAAGUGAUGGUCAAACAACGGCCUACUUCGUGGGCCUAACUACCAGCCCAGCACUUGCGGUGGUGGACACCGCGGCACAAGAUGGCCUGAUCGGCCUUGGAGCAUUAGAGAGGUUGAAAAUGCAGCUGUCCGAGCAGGGUCUUCAAGUUGCAUGGACAAACAAACAAGCACGUGCACAUGGAGUUGGGGGUGCAGCAAAAGUCAUUGGAAUAGCAGCGAUUCCUUUGGGCAUUGGAGGAGUUUCAGGUAUAUUAGAGGCAACAGUUGUAGAAGGUGAAGUUCCUUUGCUUUUGCCGGUUCGCAUGUUGAAAGACCUUGGAGCAAUCAUCGAUUUGACGUCGUUGUGCAUUCAUUUUCAGAAGUUGCAAAGAACUUUGCCUUUGACCGUUUUGCCGAGUGGACAUGUGGCCAUGCAAGUGUUGGAAUUUGGUGAGCAAGGUUUUCAGUUUUCAGCAGUGGGGAACUCGCCUUUCAGUGAGAGCGACUUCCGAAAACCAUGUGGCCCAAGCACGGAGGCCCAACGUCGGCCUUUCCAGCGGUCAGCUAUGGAUCCUUUGGCUGCGCUUCGACGCCGCCUGACGCGUGCACCUUCGGGCGCCGCAGCGGCCGAUGCACCAAUGGCUCCUGGCAUCCCUCACAAUUCGAAGAGAGCUCUGAAGCAUUGGCGCCAACUUUUGGACAAAGCAGUGCAACUCCAACAGCUAGUUGGAUUAGAGGAGUUGGUGCGCUCGUGGCUUCCACAGGCCUCAGAGAUCGGAGGGUUGUCUCCGAUGUCUUCAGAGCAGCUCGCCGAGCACAUCAAGCAUGCAGACAAAAUGACCCCAUUGAAACCAAAGGUAGCACCAGCGAAGAAAGCCGAGGAAUGCGUUCACACGGCAGAGAGGUUGACAAAUGGGGCAAAUCAGUUUGCAGCAUGGGUGGUGUGCAUGGAUUGCCACAGCAGGUGGAAGAUCCCAAUGAUCCCAAAGGCUGCAAAGCAGGUGAAAAAGGAGAAAGUCAAGAAAGAGAAGAGCGCGAGCCCAGUUCGCGAGGUGAGAGGGCCUGCGAACAAUCAGGAGAUGGCUGCACUCAAGGAGGAGUGCGAGAGGCUGAGAGGAAUGGAGCAGAUGUCCUGCAGAAUGCGGAAGGAACACCAGGAGGAGCACAGCCUUUUGGUCGAAGAGUUGAAGACGCACAUGAAAGCAGAGCAGAAGACUCAAAGAAUGGAGAUACAGAGCCUGCGAGAAGCCCUGGAAAUUCGAGAAGUGAUGAUGACCGAGUACGCCAGUAUGGCGUUGGGGUCUCAAUACAAGCAAGAGACGAAGGGCUAUCACGACAGCGAGAUGUAUACGUAUGCCAAGAACCAGCUGGACAAUCAGAGGGAGAUAGCACAGCUGGAAGCGCUUCAACAGGAGAUCAGCAGGGCAAAUCAGAGCACAGCAGCCGGAGUUCCAGUCCCAGCAGAGGUGGAAUGGGACGUCUCGAUGGCGGAGACAGAUUUGACAGCAGGAGCCAGAGCUCGGGUGAAGAAGACCGAGCAGAAGGCGACAUGGGUUCGAUUGAGCCGAAGUGGAGGUGUGAAGACAGAGGUAGAGAGGCUACAAGGAGCGGCAUUUUUCCAGGUUCAACAAGUGCUGUUAGAGUUUGAAGAAGGUGUGUAUGAGGCUGAGGUUGGAGAGCUUCAGUCAGAGGAUGAAAGCUGCCUUGUGAAGCUGUCGCGAUCUGCAAGAGGAUGGUUAGAGGAGGUUUGUGAAGACGUUGAGGAGACGUCUUUACCGAAAAAGGUCAAGACCAAGUUGAGAGCGGCAGAAAAGGAGAUGAAGGAAAAUCAUGCAUGGCAGGUAGAUGUCAGUGAGGUCUUCAGCCCUCCAAGGGUCACCAAAGAGGCAAGACGGCAAAAGAUGCGUGCAGGACACGCCAUAGACUUGCAGACAGGGUAUGACCUUAGAACAGAGAAAGAUUUGAAGAGAAUGUGGCGUGCGUUGGAAGAGGAUGAUCCUGAGCUCACAGUUUGUAGUCCACCAUGCGGUCCUUUUUGUCAGAUUCAAUCCUUGAAUUUUCCCAGGAUGCCAACCGAGAAAGUCAUGAGGAUUGUUGGAGAGGGCCUGCAACACUUGCGCACGGCAGCUCAAGUGUGUAAGCGGCAAUACAAGAGAGGCAAGAUUUUCGUUUUGGAGCACCCAAGAGGCUCUAAGGCAUGGGUUGAAGAGGAGAUUGAAGAGCUGAAGUGGUUGCCAGGAGUUUUUGUUUGCCGUUUUGAUAUGUGCCAAUUUGGCAUGAGAGUGGGACAAGAUCUCAACAAGAAACCAACGACAGUCAUCACGAACUCAGCAGAGGUGGCCAAGGAGCUCAGCAGAGUGUGUUCAGGAGGACACGUCCACGAGAGCCUCAUGGGAGGCAAAGCAGCCAAGGCGGCUGAGUAUCCGCCUGCCUUGUGUAGGGCAAUGUUGAGAGGGUUGCGAAGGCAUUUGAGGAAGCAGAAUGUGGUGGAGAAACCAGAGGUUCAAGAGCUUGUAGUUUUGGCAUCAGAAGACAAAGGAGAGGAUGCGUCAUCCUCUUCUUCAGAAUCCUCAACCAAUUCGUCAUCCUCAGACGAAUCUUCUUCUGAGAGCCAACCAGCAAGACCUCAAGGGAGGCGAAGACUGCAGCCUCUUCCAGCUGAAGCUGCAGUAACCCCGGAGGAUCAAGCCAAGCUGAGACGCAUGCAUGUCAACUUGGGACACCCGUCGAAGCCAAGCUUUUUGAGGUUUUUGAGAGCAGGAAGAGUUCGUGAAGAGCUAGUGAGAUGGGUUGCAAAAGAGUUUUCCUGCAGCACCUGUGCAAGCACCACACUUCCGAAAGCGCCUCGACCAGCCAUCAUUCCGAGGUGCUACACUCCCAGCGUGGCCUUGGGCUUGGAUGUCUUCUUCAUACCAGAUGAGCUCAAUAGGCAAACCAUUCCGGUGUUGAAUCUGCUGGAUUUGGGUACAAAUUACCAGAUGGUAGAGAUUCUGAGUUCCAAGGAGCCAAUGCAUAUUUGGAAGACGCUGUGGAGAGUUUGGGGAAGAACAUUUGGGCUUCCUCAGUAUAUCACUGUGGAUGAGGGCAGAGAAUUUAGAGGAGGCUUUUCCCGAGUUUGUGCAGAAGCAGGGAUCAUAGUCUUCAGUGCGGCAGCCAGAGCACCGUGGCAGCAAGGAAAGGUUGAGCGUCAUGGUGGUUUGAUGAAGACUAUGAUUGAGAAGGCGAGGGAAGAGACCCCGCCGACAAACAGAGAAGAUUUGGAGCAGCUUCUCCAUGCAUGUGAGGCGGCGAAAAACAGGUUUUCGAACCGGUCUGGUUACAGCCCGACCCAGCGUCAGAUUGGGCAGUGGCCAAGGAUGCCAAGCAGCCUUUUGAGCGACGAGGCGAUUGACCCUGCGCUUCAAUCACAGGGCAGCAUGGAUGAGUUUGAAAAGAUGAUGGAGAUGAGGAGGAUUGCACAGGAUGCCUUCAUGAAACUUGCAUGCAAGGAGGCGGCAGCGAGAGCGCUGCAAGCUCGCCCCAGGGUCAUGCCAACUUACAAAGCAGGAGAUUUGGUUUAUGUUUACAGAACAUUGAGGAGGCAAAAGGCAUUGAGGCAUGAGAUCGGCCCUCGAGUCGGGCAUUUCAGGGCGAAGUGGGUUGGCCCUGGCAAAGUGCUUGCAACAGAGGGUUCAGUGGUCUGGGUCAACAUGUUGGGAGAGUUGUGGAGAGUCGCGGCAGAGCAGAUGCGACUUGCUACGACCGAAGAAAAGCUUGGGGCGGAAAUCAUUUCAGAGGAGUGUGAAGAGAUGCAGGAGAGGUUGAAGCGCAAUUCACACCGAGCUGGAUAUCGAGACAUCACAGGUCAGCCGCGACCGCCUGAUGUAGAACAGACAGCAGAAGCGUCAGAAGAACAGGCUGGACAGGUACAAGCCUUGGAACAACCAAGUCCAGUCAGUGCAGAAGGCCUUCGGAGAGGACAACCACGACAGCGCAUCCAGAUCAACAUCGAUGAUGCCCCGGUCCAACGACCUAGAGCUGAAAAUGCCCAGUUGCUUAGGCGAGUGUCUAUCGCGACGGAAGCAGAGCCCGAGGGUGAAGUCGGCUCAACGGCCGAAUCAGCAGAUCCCCAGCGAGAGGAGACUGAAGAACCAGGAGGUCCAGCGAUAGAAGACAGUUUUGAGGAUCAGCUGGAUCGAGAAGUGGAGGAGUCUGCCGUCAAUGCGGCGGCACACAAUCAACGUCUUGAUGGAGUGCCCACCAGAGAUUAUGCAGCGUUGAGGAGAUCAGUGAGAGGUCAGUGGGGUCGAAACACGGCAGACCCAUACUUUGCAGAAUUCUUUUUCCUGGAAGAGCAUGAGAAAGAAGGACAAGAGGAGAAGCCACAAAGGGACUAUUGGGUGUUUGACCAGCACAGGGAAGUUCUCCAACGACACCAUGUUGCUUGGAGGAAAGCGCUGUUCAAUCCAUUGCAAGCAGAAGGAAGCCCAGUCCCUCUUCGGGCACUCGGCAAAGGCCGAAAGACAUUCAGAAAGUUGUCAGACGGCACACAGGAGGAGUUGAAAGAUGAGUGGUCCUUGUUCACAGCCAAAGAGGAGCGAUUGUCAUGGUGGAGAGGAGUGACAGAGUUUUCAGUAGAUGGACACUUUUUGGCGGCAAAACAAGGAGAUAGCCAGAAGAAGAAACGAGGAGAAGGUGAGGUGUUUCCUCACGAGAUCUCUCCGGAGGAGUGGCCAGCGUGGAGAGUCCAGGAUCAAGAAGAAUUUAGCAAAAUAGUGGAGAGUGGAGCUUUGCGUGUUUUGAGCGUGGAAGAAUCCAGAAGAGUGAGAAAGGAGCUGGAAGCCGCUGGGAAGUUAAAUAGGAUUAUUCCUAGCCGUAUGGUGAGGAGGUACAAACCUGGGGAAGGACCAGGUGCCCCGAGGACGCUGAAGAGCAGAUUCUGUCUCAGGGGCGACAAAGACCCAGACAUUUUGUCAUUGUCACGUUUUUCUCCGACAGUGACAACCUCAAAUUUGCAGGUGAUUUUUCAGGUGGCUGCCAACAAAAGGUUUAGAGGAGUUGUGGGCGAUCUCAAAGCAGCGUUUACUCAGAGCAAGCCUUUGCUGAGGAGUGAAGGGCCGCUGUAUUGUAGGUCGAGUCAUGGGAGCAUGCCAGGUCUUCAUGAGGAGCAGUUAGCAGAAGUAGUUUUGGGAUGCUAUGGUUUGGUCGACGCGCCUCUCAACUGGCGUCAGACGCUGACGGAGUUUGUCCAGAAGGAGCUGGGCUAUCGUCAGUCAAGCCUUGACCCAUGCACCUACCUCUACUUUGAUGUAGACCCAAGUUCAGCCUCCAAAGAAGCAUCACUGCAAGGGGUCAUCUCGAUUGAGGUGGAUGACUUGUUGAUGUUUGGGGGAAAAUUGCACGAGAAGAAGAUGCAGCAGUUACAGCAACGUUUCAAGUUUGGCAAGUUGAAGGAGAUCAACGCACAGGGCGUUGACUUCAAUGGAAGAAGGUUGCGACAAGAAGGAGAAACGUUUUUGAUAGACAUGCAGGCAUUUGUGGAGGAGCGUUUGCAGGUGAUCAAGAUGUCAGCAGCAAGAAAGAAGGAGAGAAAAGCAGACAUCACGGAAGAGGAAAGGUCACAAGUUCGCAGCGUAUGCGGCGCAUUGAACUGGGCAGGAAGAGAAGGACGUCCAGAUGCUGCAGCUGCAGCUUCAAUGUUUAGCAGCCUGAUGUCGUCAAUGAAGGUGGAGGAUGUGAUAGACCUCAACCGGGUGGUGGAGCAGCUCAAAGCCGAUUCAAAGCUGGCUUUGCGCAUACAACCAAUAGAGGAGAGCAGAAUGCGUUGGGGUGUGAUCUCAGAUGCGUCUUGGGCAAAUGCCAAGAAUGGUAAGACGCAGGCAGGUCAUAUGCUCAUCACCUUUGACAAGGCAUUGCUGGAGGGAGCCAAAGCAGUGACAAAUGUUUUGCAUUGGAGAAGUGGCAAACUACAGCGGACAGUUAACAGCACACUUGCAGCAGAAACCCAAUCCUUAGCCAGAGGGGUUGGAGAUCUCCUUUGGAUGAUGAUUGUCUACAUGGAGCUAGUGAAGCCUGAAUUUCAUGUACGAGAGUGGAGGAAGUACAUUGGGAGGUUGGGCUACAAUGCAUUCACCAAGGUGGUGGAGACCCAAGAGUUGGAAGAUGCGCUGGCUCUGGUAGACGCAAAAUCGUUGUACGAUGUGCUGGCUCAUGAAACAACUGGAGGUUCAGACAAGAGAAAUGCGCUGGAUGUUCAGGUGUUAAGAGAAGAACUGUCAGAGAUGCGAGGUCAAAUAAGGUGGGUAGAACACCUUGAGAUGCCUGCGGACUGUUUGACAAAAAGGCAUGGAAAAGUCACAACCUUGAAAAAGCUAUUGAAUGAAGGCGUCUUCGGCAUCACAGAAGAGACGGGCAACGAAAAACAUCGAUGCAUCGAGGUGAAUGUCACAGUAGAUGGACUUGGUUGCUACGCAUGCGAGCCCCGACGACCACCUGCGUGCACCGAGGCCCAUGACCAAUGCACACCGGAGGCUUGUGAAUGUGGCAACUCCCGGACCCACAUCAAACACUCUGCGACCACUGUAGAUGGAAGCCCUUGCUUCUACUGUGAAGCCAUUAGCGGAGUGGGCCUGGGAAGGCCGGAACUUUUGAUGUUCACCGGCAUCCUGCUACUCGUCAUUUGGCACUUUGGCAGGAAGCCAACCCGGGGCAGCUUGAGACUUUCGCGGCGGCAGGGCGACCGAAAUCGUGCCAUUCGAGUUCAGCAGGAGCCGUUGAGGUUCUAUGAGGAGGUCCUAUUGACCAUCGGAGACGUGUUUGACUUCCUCGUGGAUGGUGUCUGUGAGCUGCUGGGUAUGGCAUGGAAGGUCUUGAAAAUGACGGAGUUUAUCACUUGGGUGCCACAACUUCUGGAGUCCUUGCUUGGCAAGAAGGAACUGUCUGUGGAGGAACUCGCAGCGAAAUGCGGACCGGAGGCUGCAACAAAUGUUGGCGCAAAGGCUCCAAAGGCCGAAAACAGCACGCGGCGCCGCGAGUCUCGAGAGGUCACUCGGGAAGCGCGAGGCAGUUCCAAAACAACUUCGCAAGAGACUGUCAAGGUCACCAAAGAGAGCCAGGUUGGCUCCAACCACAAAGCCAAAAUGACUUCGGAGAUCAAGGUCGCGAGCGAGAAUCGGGUCAAUGGUCCCAAUGGUUCCAAUGGUCACAAAGGCAAACCGACUCCGCAAGAGGCUGUCAAGGUCACGAGCGAGAGCCGGGUCAAUAGCUCUGGCCCGAAUGGCCCGAAUGGCCCGAAAGCCAAAGCGACUCCACCAGAGGCCGUCAAGGUCCCGAGUGAGAGCCGGAUCAAUAGCUCCAAUGGCAAAGCCAAAGCGACUCCACCAGAGGCCGUCAAGGCCGGCCGCCAAGGCCCCCAAGGCCCCCAAGGCGCCCAAGGCCCCGCCCACUGCCUCGAAGCUAAAACUGCUUCGCAGGGGGUGAAGGUCCAAAAGGCUAGCGAAGUGGGCACGCAGAAGUCUGAAGGGAAUGAGGUGACACAGAAGCCAGACGUUCCUUCAAGCCCAGAGAUGCUGGAGCCUUCUCCAAUGUAUAAAGCUGCGCUGGCGGUGAUGAAGGCCAAUGCUGAAGCUGCAGCGAAAUCGGCGGAGUCUUCGUCACCCGUGGAGGAUCUCGAGGGGUCCACCGAUGGCAGUGUUCCACCUGCCGUGGAUGUGGUGGAUGAUGAGACGGCACAUACUGAGAGCGAGGACUGCGACAUGGGUUGCAGGCCCAACACGGCAGCUGCAGCUCAAGCCAUUUUGGCUGCGGCAUCCGAUAAACGAGCAGCUGCCCUGCAGUUACUGGAUGCCGCAGCUAUGCCCACCAUCGAAGUCCGCACCUUCUUGGCCGAUCCGGACGAGAUUUCACAGGCGCCGGUGAUGCGACGAACGGUGAGCGACAGCGAUGUGGUCUUCUAUGGUUGAAUUGGUUAAGAGCUCCCGGAGAAGUGACAGCUUUGAUGGAGAUCGGUGUCACCUGAAGCAUCAGCUGUUGGAUUUUCGUCAGAAAGGGAAAAUCUACAGGAAGCCCC